AUGAGGUCCAGGUACAAGUGUGAGGGGCGCUCUGCGGCCAGUAUCCUGGGAGAGAAGAGCAAUGACACCAAGGCACACCCCGCCAUCAAGGAACGUGACAGUGUCGGCGUCUCCUUGGUGACCAAGAACCCACCUCACAAGCCCUACCCGCACGAACUGGUGGGGAAAGACUGCAAACAUGGCUACUAUGAGGCAGACCUGCAGGAGAGACGAGUACACAGUUUUCAGAACCUGGGCAUUCAGUGUGUGAAGAAAAAGGAUGUGGCCGAGGCAGUUUCCUGUAGGCUGCAGACCAAAAACAACCCCUUCAACAUUCCUGAGGCGAACAUGUGGGAGGAGUUUGACCUAAAUGCAGUGAGGCUGUGUUUCCAGGCCUCGAUCACUCUGCCUACCGGGGAACUCUGCCCUCUGGAGCCCGUGGUGUCUCAGCCCAUCUACGACAACAGUGAGUCUGCUAUACACACAGACACACGCACACAUGUACGUACACACGGGCAUGCACGUACAUACACAUGUGAAUGCGCACACACACACACACACACACACCCAAUACAUUAUCUUGAUACACACUCUCCCCAAACACUCACUAAGUACAGACUGACUCCUUCCUCUGUCACUGCUGUCCAUGCUGUUUCACUGUGGGGCAAUUCCACGGUAACGGAAUUGCUCCGAAACUGCGAUUCUUCACUUAAAAUGUAUGCCAAACAAAAACAACUGACUUAAAAGUUGAACAAACCAUACAGCUCUGUACACAAGGACUACUUUUAACAAUUUACACUGAACAUUUUUCAAA